AUGGGUUUGAGUAGACGUCAAAUACUAGAAACUUCAUUAUUUGACUCAGAACAAGUUGUAACGGUGCAGUAUCUUAGUAGGCAUGCUGAAAUACCAAUUGAUGACGCGAAAGAUGAAUUAAAUGAAUUCCUAAAAAAUAACAAAAAUCGAACAGAACUACAUGCAGUAUAUAUUCUAAGUGGUAUAUUGAAAAUGAAAGGUAAUUCUACGAGCACUGGCAGUUGUGAUACUUCUGAAGAAGGGAUUACAUUGAAGCGUCGUACUCAACUUGUUCGUGAUUGUCAUCUGGAAAAAGUUCAACAAAAUUAUGAAGAAAUUGAAACUUGUGAAAUUUACGGUUUAUUUGCAAAGCCAACUCUUUGUUUAUUAUAUUCUGUGGAUAGUAUGGAAGAUGAAGAAUUUGAACGAACCGAUUCCAAACGAAGCUGGUUGUCCUAUCCUCACACUGAAACAAUGGAUCAGGAGACAACAAUAUUUCAAAACUCAACUCACAUUUCUGAUGUGAGAAAAGAACUUGUAUCUGGUAAUAACUCGAUAUUGUCUGCAUCGAAACAUGCGAAAACUGAGCCAAAACUUUCUAAACAACCAAUUACAAAAAUCAAAAACGACACAGCUUUUAAAAUAGAACAAGCGGUAAAAAAUAAGAGAAAGAAAGAAGUCGAAGCUGAUACUGCUUUCAAAAGUAGCAAAAAAUCUGCUGAUGCCGUAGGUGGUAAUGUUUCUGCCAGCAUUUUUGUGAAACGACGUGGUCCACGUGUUUUAAUUGAUGACGAAGAACUGGAGGUAAAUGAAAAAAUCGUAUGCGAAAAAGCUGGAGAAGCGAAUAUCAGAAAAAAUUCAGGAAAAUUGGUGUCUGCGGAAAAGAGUAGCAGUGUGUAUAACACUCUGCUUGUAAAACGUCUGGAAAUUUCACCUCAAGAUGAUUUAUUUUCGGAUGGUGAUUCUACUCCAGAAAGGAUGGAAGUUGAUGAAAAUGUGAAUAACAAGAAUCAAGAUAAAGCAAAGAGUGAAAAACAAUCACGUCGGUUCUUUAUUUACUUAUCAGAUUACAUCUCCGAAAAUUUGUAUUUAGAUGGGCGAUCAUGCAUAUCAUCUAAUCCAGAAAAUGAUCUUCCAAAUAGAAAUGAACCUCAAGAAAACCUAAGAAAGCCAACUCGGAAAGAAUAUGUGACAGAAACUUUUCUUGAUUCUGAUGGUUUCAUGGUUACGAAACAGGUGUUGAAAGAAAUUGAAAUCGUACAACCGAAGUUGUCUGAAGCUUGUAAUAAAUCAACCAGUGAUGCUGGUCUUUUAAAUAGCAAAUCGCGUACAAAUGUAAAAGUGCCACAAGUGCAGGCUAAAAUCAGUUCAUUUUUUAAGAAAAAAUGAAG